CCAGGAAGAACAACUUCUUAUCAGCACAUCCACUCAAGUGUACCUGGGAGCCACAGCCCACGGUCACCUCGCAACAAUGUACAAGAUGAACAGGAGAAGGCGAGAUGCAUGAACCCAGGCCCAGCUCCAUGCCUAUAUAACGUGUCGACCACCGAGCGAUGCCCAACGCCAUCUUGUGUGACGCCAUCACUGAGAGCGCGCGCAGCAGCCACUACACACAGUAUGGCUCCGCCGAUCUCCGCCGACGUCGUGGUGGAGGCCGCACCGGCGCCUGCUUCCAUGGCCGUGCUAAACCAAAUGGUUUGCGCGAGCGCGCCGGCGCCGAUCAUCACCGUCGUCUCCAAGCAGCUGGUUCUGCCGGAGGGCGCGGCGCCGGUUGGAGACCUCAACCUGUCCGUCUCCGACAUGCCCAUGCUGUCGUGCCACUACAUUCAGAAGGGUCUCUUCUUCCCGCCCGCGGGCAUGCCGAAUGCCCGCCUCGUGUCGUCGCUCGCGCUGUCACUGUCCCGCGCGCUCGGCGUCUUCCCGGCGCUCGCGGGACGGCUCGUCACGCUCCCCGACGACCGCAUCGUCAUCCGGUGCGACGACGGCGCUGCCGUUGAGUUCUACCAUGCGGUGGCGCCCGCUCUGUCGCUCGCCGACUUCCUCGUGCGCGACGCCGACGUGCCCACCAGGCUGACGAAAGAUCUGUUCCCGAUGGACCGCACCGUCAGCUACGAAGGCCACCGCCGCCCGCUCACGUCGUUUCAGGUCACCGUGCUCGGCGACGGCGCUGUCUUUGUCGGCCUCGUCGCCAACCACGCCGUCGUGGACGGCACCUCAUUCUGGCACUUUUUCAACACGUGGGCUGGGCUGUGCCGCGGCGAGCCAGUCCAGCCGCCGGACUUCAGCCGCAACUUCUUUGGCGGCUCCACGGCCGUCCUCCGCUUCUCCGGACGCGACGGCCCCGCAGUGACGUUCGACGCAUCGGCGCCCCUCCGCGAGCGAGUCAUCCACUUCAGCGCCGCGUCGAUUCGCGGCCUGAAGGCGGCGGCCAACCGCUGCAGAAAAACCAACGAAGAUGACGAGGUUAACGGCAAGCUCGUGCAUGAUCUGAAGGUCCAGGGAGGUUGCGGAGAGAUCUCCUCCUUCCAGUCGAUGUGCGCGCACAUGUGGAGGGCCGUGACGCGGGCGCGGCUGCAGCUGGCCGCCGACGCUACGACAACGUUCCGCAUGGCGGUGAACUGCCGGCACCGCCUGCGCCCGAAGAUCUCCCCGGUCUACUUCGGCAACGCCAUCCAGAGCGUGGCAACGACGGCAACGGUGGCCGAGCUGGCUUCCCACGACCUCGGGUGGGCGGCGGCCAGGCUGCACGCCACCGUGGUGGCGCACGAGGACGGCGCCAUCCGGAAGGCCGCGGCGGACUGGGAGGCGGCGCCCCGGUGCUUCCCGCUGGGGAACCCCGACGGCGCGGCGCUCACCAUGGGCAGCUCCCCGCGGUUCCCGAUGUACGACGGCAACGACUUCGGCUGGGGCAGGGCGCUCGCCGUGCGGAGCGGGCGGGCGAACAAGUUCGACGGCAAGAUGUCGGCGUUCCCGGGCCAGGCCGGGGACGGCAGCGUGGACGUGGAGGUGUGCCUCGCCCCGGACACCAUGGGCCGCCUCCUAUGCGACGACGAGUUCCUGCAGUUCGUGUCCCAUGCACCUUCACCGUGAUGCAGUGCACCGCAUCUGGCCGCCCUGUGCGUUGUACCACUACAGUACCAGCGCAUAAGAUGUGACAUGGCCACCUGUGAUCGAUGUGGUCACCUGGACAUGUCACAUGCAUGUAUGUAACACAUGUUUGUGCAGCAGAUACGUAAUGGAUUUGUAUCGUUGCGAGAUAUCAAUCAAGAAAUAUCAUGGACUGGUUGGCUACUCUA